AUCUGCUACUAACUAACUUGAAGAAUGGAGCUCUGUUCUCGAACCUUAACAACUCUUCUUCAUCGCACUUCCCCUUCUUCUUCUUCUCACUCUCUUCUUCGUGCAACUACUUGUAACUAUGCAACACCUUCCAAAUCCAGCAACUACUUCAACCUCUCAUCAUCAUCAUCAUCUCAUUAUCAUAAUCAUCAUGUUCUUCACCACUUCCAACAACCACCCUUUCUCUUUCACCAUCAUCACGGUAGUUUUUCUUCCUUCAUUGUUUCAGCUUCUUCUUCUUCUUCUUCUUCUUCUUCUUCUUCUUCUUCUUCUUCUUCGGUGGCUGCUUCUUCCACAGAAGAGAAAAUGGACCGUCUUCCGGCAGAGUUGAACGUCACCGAAACACAAGAACCCAAUUCCAGAGUUAGACUUCAAGUGGAGGUGCCACCAGUUGUCUGUGAGGAUUGUUACAAAAGGGUCAUAUCUGAGUUUACAAAGCAAGCAAAGGUCCCUGGAUUCCGCCCCGGAAAGCCGGUUCCAGAAAGUAUUCUUGUCGGUUAUGUCGGGCGCAAAAAUGUUCAGAAGGCCACAAUCGAAUCUAUAUUGAGGAGAACACUUCCACAUGCUAUGACUUCAGUUACCAGAAAGGCUUUGCCGGACUCUGUGCGUAUAGUGACUAAAUUUUCUGAGUUGGAGAAAACAUAUUCUUCUCAAGGGAGUCUUAGAUAUGAUGUCCUUGCUGAUAUUGUACCUGAAAUCAAAUGGGUUCCUGAUAAUGGAUACAAGAAUCUGAAAAUUGUUGUUGAAAUAGACAGUGAUAUUGAUGCUCAGAAAGCAUCUGAACAAGAAUUCAAAAGGCGUCACAAAUCCAUUGGUGCGCUGAAGGUUGUUGCUGACAGAGGACUACAGGUUGGUGAUGUUGUUGUCAUUGACAUCUCGGCAACAACCAUUGACCAAGAUGAAUCAAAGAUUAAAAAUAUUCCUUCUGCUGAAAGUAAAGGAUUUAACUUCGAUACAGAAGAUGGUUACAGAAUAUUGCCCGGUUUCCUUGAUUCUAUAAUUGGAAUUCGUCCAGGUGAAACAAAGUCAUUUCCUCUUGUGUUUCCUGAAACAUGGAAUCAAGAAAAUCUCCGUGGUGUUCAUGCUCAGUUUACUGUUGAAUGCAAAGAACUAUUUUACAGAGAUUUGCCGGAACUGGAUGAUUCUAUUGCUGAUAAGCUUAUCCCUGGAUGCACCACAGUGCAACAGGUCAGAGACCUAUUGUUGCAGAGAUGUCAAGAGGUGGAGCAAUCAGCUAGAGAACAAGCAACUGAUAAUGCUAUAUUAGAUCAGAUUUCCAAGAUGGUAGAAGUUGAUAUACCUCAAUCCUUGUUUGAGGAACAAGGUAGACAGCUAUAUGGAGCCAGCCUUUUAGAAAUACAGGCGAAAAUGAAUCUAAAUGACCAGCAAUUGGCUUCUCUGUCAAGUCAAAAGGCUGUGAAUGAAUAUCUUGAGCAUCAGAAGGACAAUAUAAGAAAUUUGAUAAAACAGAAUCUGGCCGUCGGUGAUAUAUAUAGGCGCGAAAAUCUGCAGUUCUCCACUGAGGACCUUGUCAAGGAGGUUGAGAAUUCCAUCACCGAAUUCAAACGUCAAAAUCAAGAAUAUGACGAGGAAAGGGUAAAGGAUCAGGUCCAAGAAAUACUAGAAGGAGCUAAGGUGCUUGAAUGGUUGAGAGAACAUGCAGAGAUUCAGUAUGUAACCAGAUGAGAGAUAAGCAGUGGAAAAAGCAAAGCCAAGAAAGUCAAUCAUGGUGGCAACAGAAGCUCCAAUGAAACCUUCCCAUGUUUUCUUUGGAGAAAGCUUUAUAAGAGGUGUCCUCCCAAAAAAGAAACCAAAGAAAUAUGCAGCAACAUCAUUCAUAGCAAUUAGCCCUGCAGGGAAAAGAAACCUUCAUAACAAAAUUUAACAUGUUAGUUAGUUUCUUAAUCUUAAUCUUAAUCAUAAUAAUGAUAUAAUAUUUUUAAGGUAAUGCAUGAAAAAGUAUUACAUAUUACCAGAAUAUGCCUUCAAAUAUGUUGGCUACAGUGAAUGCUGAUU